CUCAUCAUCCUUCAUUAAUCAACACGCGUCUAUUCUGUCGCGUCGUCUCGUCAUAGAGUCAAGUUAAUUCAUUCUAGGCAAUCAUAAUUAUAAACUCUUUAAUUAGUCAGGUGAUACACCUUGAUAUUCUGAAAAUGGCGACCGAAGAAAUUCAAUCGCCGGAAUUAUCUGUUGCGGAUCAAUUGGAUAAUGAAAUUGCCAAUCUGAGAGUUCAAGUGGACUCAAUAAAACGAGAACUUAAACUACAAACCGCAACUCUGAUAACAUCAGAAUCAACACGUCAAAUCAUACAAGACGACUCCGGCAGAAAAUCAAGGCAGACACGCAGUUCUAGAUCCCAAGAACUGCUAGCAAAGGCCGAUGAGCAAAACGCCCACAAGCAACAAUGUCUUUAUCGAGCAUGCGCCUCCAUAACAACCUUCAAGGUCAGCGACCCGGAUCCAAACGCUGUAGAUGGGGGCAAUGUCCUAGGUCUGCGAUUUGAGGUCAUGUCUAAAUCUCGGUUUCUCCGACCGUACUACGUUAUGUUAAAUAGGCCCUACCCCAAUUCCCGCUAUCUGCGCAUUCAUCGGCACACUGUACCCCAGAGCAUACCUCUCUCAGGUAUAGCAGCUCGAUAUCUUCCGCCACCAGCCGCCAAGGACGACGUCGACGUCAAAAAGCAAGACCUAACAACAUUCGCGCGAACAUUAAGGCGGGAACUAGUGCGACACCAAAAUCGCAGUGCUGUUAUCGGCGAUCUACGCAAAUCUGCAGGCUUGGAAAGUAAGGAUGCCAAAGCCAAGGAGGGCGAAGUUUCGGUCGUCGAUAUUAGCGCCGCAGACGCGCAAGCGAAACAAAUUCGCGUGGAAUGGAGCGACGGACGGUCGGGCCGUCUGGUUAUUGACGACGAUGGUGAUAUUGUGAAGAUGGUUGUGCAAGGCGAGAAUGGACAAGAUCGGGAGGCUGUUAGACAGCUCAUUGGAGGAAGUGCGCGGAUUGAGGAAGUCACUAAACGACUUGAAAGCACCUAACUACCUACAUAUGUAGGUACGAAUUGUGAUGCGAUAACGUAUCCCGGCUCGU